UGUAUUUAUUAUCGUUGUGUGAAUGAAUAAACUGGUUAUACAGGUUUUUGAAGGUGAUAUAUGUCCAAUGGUGCGGAAAUCAAGAUUUCCUCGUGCACAGAUUUGUAAGUUUAGUCAUUUGACAGGCAAGCAGGGUAGAGCGAAGACUUGAUUUAAAUCGUUUUAUUUAUUUUCUCAACCAAAUUUAAUUGUGAAAUUUGAUUUAUUUUUGUGUCGUAUUGGCGUUGGUAAUUUAUUAAUAUGGACAGUCAGGAUGAGAGGAGAGAUCGCUUCGCCGGCGGGGACAGGGCUGGCACAGUAAAUGGACACACGUAGCGACCACGUGGUAGCGGUCGAGAAGAUGCAGAUUGCAGACUCUAAAGACAAAAGUAAUUAAGAUUUAUCUACGUUUCGAACACUAAGAAUGAUGCUGUUGGAUGUGGAAAGAUUUUCUGGCAGGAGAAGAUGACGUCAUUAUGACGUCAAUUGUUAAGAAGGUUUUGCGCAGCUCCACCAGGCGUCAGAAACGCAGCGUUUGUAAAACACCGUCCAACGGCUCCACCGCCGAGGAGCAUGGCGUCUUGCCGCCCCCACAGGCGCCACCGUCCCCGGACCUCACGGGGCUCACGCCGGAAGAGAUUGCGGUCCUGAAAGAGGUCAUGAGGAGACAGGAGGAGUUUGAAUAUGGGGAAUUGAGCCGACAAAAAAAACUGCGGGAUUCCCUCCUGACGUUCGAAGAAGAGGUAAAGCGGCACGCGAGCCAGAAAGGGAAGCUCAAGCACAUAGAUCUCAGACUGUGUCGGCUCUGCUUUAAGACUAAAUUCGCCGACGGCAUCGGAAAGGUUUGCUCCGACUGUCACAAGCGGGUCUGCAACCGCUGCGGCUCCUUCUCAAAUCCAACGUGGAGUGUCAAGAAACAGAAGCACGUGAAAGGCAAGUGGAGGUGCACGAUGUGUCAAAUGAAGCGUGACGUGGUCGCCAUGACAGGUAUCUGGUACCAUGGAAACGAAGCAGCACCGGAAGCUCCUGUUCACCGGAUAAAAUCUAAAAUAAGCGUGUCCGAAAUGGAAUCAUCCGAAAAUGAUGGAACGCACCGUAGAUGCUCUGAAACAGACGGAACGUUUGAAGGGGAGAGCGGAGACCGCUACGGACCUGACGUAUUUAGCCCUUCAGUGCCGACAAAACCGAUAUUACCGACCUCUUUUAAGAAGCCGAUUAGAGGAAUCGGUAACCGUCGCAGCACGUCUCUCACGGAUGCGGACGCCAUCGCUGGUGCUGUUGACGACGAUGACGUAGAGGACGACAUCGACGACGAGCAGUUCUUCUUGGAGCGACAGAUGUGCCGGAUGGAGCGACAAAACCGACGGUCGAAACGAAGAUGUCGCACCGGCGGCACUUCCGAAAGAGUUAUGGAGAGUAUUAGUGGGCGGAGCAUCGACAAGAGCGUUGACCAAUCAAGUAGCGAGCUUCUUGCGUAUCCGAGUUCUUCGGAAGCGUAUCUGUCAAGUGACCGUGACGUCACGACUCAGAGCGAUACCUCCCCGUACCCCACCAGAGCGUAUAGUCGUCCGAAGGCCAAAGAGCGACAUCGGAAGCAGCGAGAAUCCUGCGAGGCUUACAACCGACCCAGUGACACAGACCGCCUAGUGGCUGAGAGUGUACAACGCCUGGAGGCCAUGGUUCGCCAGGACCGGCAUCAGGGCCGAUACCGGGAAUUCCGCCGCGAUGAUGGCGGACCUAGACCGAAGACUUCAGAUACACUAGGCGAGGUGCGAGAGGUGUACUCCAAGCGGCAGGACAUGCAGGGCCUAAGGAGCCAGAGUGCCGAUUCAGAAAAAGAGAAGCAGAUGAAACGUGAUGCUUUCCGAAAACACUUUCGUGCCGAGAGGGGCAGUAGUGAGACAAUCAGCAGAGUGCACAAUCAAAACAUAACGGUGCCUUCCUUAAAAUUAAGCUCAAACAAUAUUUCUGACAUUAGCAAAAGUCGUUUUGAUGACAGAACGGAAUCGCAGGAUAUCGUGAAUUCCCGCGAUUCUUCGUUGUCACGGGAUUACGAACGUCAUUGUCGCGGAUCGCGUGGUUCAACCCCGUCUCUCCUAUCAGCAGAUAUCAGGUACGCGAGGAAGUCCCCGAAUGCUCAAAGGGGAAUGGAAAAAACGGAGAAUAAUAACGGUAGCCGCACAUGCACCUAUUCGUUGUCGAACAAAAGACAUACACUUACCGGUGACUAUAAUGACAAAAGAAUGUCGCCAACUAAAACUGUACAGAAAUCGCCACAGCCUAAUAAAACGAGAAGCUUAGACAAGCAGUGUUUAAGCCCAUAUUUUGAUAGGAAGCACACCGCAAACAGCCUCUCACCGGAUAUGGCCCUCGGUUGGAGUCCGCGUCCAAACAGACACGCAGUAGUAGACAGACCGGGAUCGGUGUCGCCACGUGGUGGGUCCGACCAGGAGACGCGCAACGCACGAGAAAUCGCGGAUUACGUGGACAGGCACAACCGCCGCAUGACGCUUGCAUACUGCGUCAACAUCGACACGCUGCAAGUCGCGGACCAAAUAUCUAAAGACCCGUUAAACGGUGCAACUCCCCGAGAGAUUAUCAUCCACAGGGACAGGGACGACAAAUCUGUGCGAACCCAAGGGCUGGGUAUGCGUGUGGUCGGGGGCAGGAACAGCUCCAACGGAGCCCUGGGUGCAUACGUUACCAUGGUUACCAAAGGUGGACCGGCAGCGACACAAGGCAUCUCCGAAGGCGACCAGAUCGUGCAAUGGAACGGUCAGUCACUGGUCGACGUCACUUUUGAGGAAUCUCAAAGCAUCAUUAACAGCUCCGGGAACAUCGUCCAGCUAACUGUCCUACAUAACGCUGACGGGAACAACGGUGUAAACCGAACAAGACAGAGACAUCCUGUUAUUAUAAAGUCAACCACGUUAACGGCAGGUGAACCACCUCCCCUAGAUAAUCUGGAGUUCGGAAGGUCCAAAAGACGCCUGUUACCAAAGACGCCGGUUGAAAUAAAACGGGAAGUCAAAGAGAUAAACGGUAAGGUCUGGCUGAAGCUUGACUAUGACGUCACUUGUCAGUGCCUUCUCGUUGUGUUACUGCGGGCCGAGAGCGUCUACCCGGAUGAAGACAAGGACGCAGACGGGCAAGGCGUGCUGGCGAUGUUUCACCUCUUGCCGAACAGAACUUUGCACGAGGCCAAGGAAAGUGAAAGGCGGUACGGCACGAAAGAACCCCAAUGGAACGAAACUUUUGUGUUCACCAACAUUGAACAGGCAGAGCUGAGCUCCCUGGCAUUGGAGGUGACUUUCUGGAAGACGAAGGAACAUGACGACGAGUUUCUAGGGGAAAUCCUUCUAGAUCUUGGUGAGGCUAAAAUCAACAAUUCAGUCAACUGCUACAAUCUGGAAGAUCACGACGAUAACAGUUCUCCCCUUCCUUUUCGCAAGAAAUCGUUCUCCUUGUCCGACUCGGCGCUCAGUCCCGCGACCUCCAUUGAAACCUCGAGUUUCUUUCCCAGCCUCGACCCGUCUCCUCGCAGUUCCGUUUCAACGGGGCGGGAGGGGCAGCCACCAAAGUCCGGUGCCCAUGAUAAGGUCAAGGAGCUACUGCUUGGCAAGAGGAGCCCAGGUCGAGAAAGGGUGGAUAUGUCGUCAUCGGCCCAAUCUUCGCCGCAACAUUCACCGACAAGUAACGAAUUUAAAAUCAACUCUAGUUUCACUUCUCUUGUAAAGCGAAAGAUCGGCAUUGUAACCAGGAUCUCCAACAACCUUGGACUAGGCCACAAACACGAGUAUGAAGGCCACGGUCCGACCGAUCCAAUUCUUCGAAGUCUGAGUGCGGCCGAUAUCAGGACAAACAACCUACUGACACCGGAACAAGCAAAACACACCCGACACUCCUUUGAACUAAGACAGUCUGAUGCAGCUCAAUCACUACAUUCUAUGUUCCCACCCAAACGUCAUAUGAAAAAGUUGUCCAAGAUGGGAUUCGACGCAUUUGAUGAUGAUGAUGAUGAUGACAGCCACGAGAGCCCCAGCCCUGACCGACCGCCCCCUGAUGGCGACGACAUCACGUCAAUACUGGGUCCCGGUCAAGUGUGCCCUAAACCGGCGUACGAGACCAGCGUGUGUGGGGACAUCAAAAUGGGGUUUAUGGUCUCGAAGGGCCAGCUCGAGAUAGAUAUCGUCGUCGUGAAGGGCCUUAAGAGAAGUGGCCUUAGCCAUCCGCCAGACACGUACGUGAAGACGUACUUGGUGGAAGGCGCCAAGACGGUGCAGAAGAAGAAAACUCAGACCGUGAGGAUGAGCUUCGACCCUAUGUACAGGAAGACUAUACGAUACUCCGCUUGUAACAUCCACGGCCGUUGUAUAAAGGUCAAUGUAUGGGACAAGCAGAAGGCAUUCGACAAGAAGCAGUGCCUAGGCGAGGCAAUUGUGAAACUAGAUAAUCUCGUCCUUACCGACCAUACCAUGGCAUGGUACAAACUGUUCCCGGAUGGGGCAGCGGAAAUAGGAAGUUCAGAAUCUCUUAAUUAUUGGUAAAGGAUCCCGACGUGUAUACGACACACACAUGCAUAUCGUCAUGUUGUCUUUCCGUAAAAAGGCGGUUUUAAUAUUAUGGUCGAUUGUCUCUGCUUAAGGUCGUUACUCACAGAGAGAUUUUACCUCCCGUGGCUUGAUGUGCGAGGAGUUUCUUCGUUAAGCAUAUUUAAGAGGAACAACUUAGUUAAGCUUAACUAAUGGAUGUCGAUGGAGUUACGUGUUUCAUGGAAAAAAAUAUAUGGUCAGACUCUUUACUAAUAAAUGAGACAUAUAAUAUAGAACACACGAAGCAAAAAGACAGAUAAUUUAGACCUACAGAAACAGAAAGACAUAUAAUAAAGAGCAACAGAGGAAGAGAGACGGAGAGUUAAGACCACAUGACUGACAAACAGAGCAUUAAGAACACAAGGAUAGGAAAGGCAGAUAAUAAAGACCAUAAUAAGCACAAAGACAGAACAUAAAUACGACAAGGAAGAGACAAACUGAGAAUAAAGACCAUGACGGACAAAUAGGCGAAUGUACACUGCAAUGAGAAGAAAGUGCGAGAAGCGGUCAUAAAGACAGAUAAUACAGACCUAAAGAAGCAUAUAGACAGAAUUGAAUGACCACAUGAAACAGAAAUACUGAGAAUAAAGAUCACAAGAAGCAGAAAGACAGAGAUUAAAGACUGCACGGAUACACAAAUAAUACAGACCACAUUGAGAAGACAGAAACAGAAUAACGGCUUCAAAGGAACAGAAAAAAAGAAAAUAAACACUACAAGUAGCAGAAAGACAGAGAAUUCAUACAACGAGAAGGAGAAAGGGGAGAGAAUAAAGACAAACACGAGCAGAAAUACAAAAAAUAAAUAUAAAACGGACCAAAACAACAACAGAAAAUUAAGACGACAAGAGGGAGUGAGAUUGAGAAUAAAGACAACAAGGAUCAAAAGAACAGAGAUAAAGACAUCAAGGAGAUGACAAACUGAGAAUAAAAACCUCAAUGAACAAGGAGAAUAUACCAUAAAGACAACAUGAUUAGAAAGACAGAGAAUAAAGACCUGGUGGUGCAGAAGAACAGAGCAUAAAGGCCAAAGGAAGCAGAAGGACAGAGAAUAACGACCUGGUGAUGCAGAAGGACAUAGCAUAAAGACCAAAUGGUGCAGAAGGACAGAGCAUAAAGACCUGGUUGUGCGGAAGAACAGAGAAUAAAGACCAAAUGGUGGAGAAAGACAGAGCAUACAGACCUGGUGGUGCAGAAGAACAGAGAAUAAGGACCGAAUGGUGCAGAAAGACAGAGCAUAAAGACAUGGUGGUGCAGAAGAACAGAGAAUAAAGACCUGGUGGUGCAGAGGAACAGAGAAUAAAGACCACUGAGGAUACGUACCAAAAUGAGAAGAAAAAACAUUAUUGAUACACACAUAUUAAGAACAUAACGAGUAUAAAGACCAGUGCGUGCGGACAGAGAAUCAAUACUUUUUCUGCCUCGUUAGAAAUAUUGACUCGAUCAGUCACUGAAUAGAGCGAUCUUUUACGGCAUUGUUAUAAUUGCAUAAUGCAGGGUUAACGACCUUAUUGGACGCUUAUUACAAGCUCUCUUUUCAAUGUUGAUCUACUAAGUUGAGAUGUCUCAUUCGCUCAAUUUGUCAAAAUCUUCUGUCUUGCGGGAACGGUUGGUUAGCGGACCAUUUUAUGUUCAAUACUACGUGCUUUAGAUGUACCCAUUUAUACUGACAAAUGUUAUAUCGUAUCAGAAGACUUUGAACGGUGCUGAUAGGUGCUUUAUUUAAUGUUCAAUAUAAUUAUUAUAUUUCUUUUAAUGUUCAAAUACAUGUAUAUGUAUACUUGUGUUAAGAUAUGACAUUUUAAAAAUGUCAUCAAAAAUAGCAUAAAGAAACGCCAUUUUUGCAUCCACAUUUUGAAUUACAAUAUACAAAGCAUGGAUAAUACCGAUAACAUGUACUGCAAUAACACAAUUCCAUAUCGCUUCAAUUAACAUGUUGAAACGUUUAGAUUAUAUCUACAUAAUAGAAUAAAGGUUGUGGUAAUGUUAUGUUUGCUCAGAAUAAAGACAAGUGAUAUGAGUACUUAACACGUUCAAUCGACUGUCAGUUUAUAUUUUAUAUUUAUGUAUGAAUUUAAUCAUUUGUUUAAAUGUUCUGUUCGUGUACUGUUUUAUAUAAGAAUACUAGUAUGCCUUUGGCUAUGUUUGCAUGUGUUUUGCUCAAUAUAAUGUGUGAAUAUUAAAUACAAAUCAGACGUAAUUAGAACUUACAAACUCCUUCGAGCAGUAUUAAACUCUUAAAAUAAACAUAACCCUGAUGUACACAUUAUAUCAGUAUUUAUACAUUAUCUUUUUGAUAUUGACUUCUCAUUCAAUGCAAACGUGAACAAACAUAUUUUUUUAAUAUUUAUGUAUUCAGAACAUUCAAUGU